CUGGGAGGGUGCUAGAUUCUUUUAAAUUAUAUAUUAACAGAGUUUCCUUUCAACUCCCAUUUCCUGCUUUGCAACUACUGAGAAAAGUUUUUCUUUUCAACUACUGAAAAAUGCUUUUUCUGAAACAUGACAGAAACAUGACAACAACAGAGGUGUCUUUAAAAAUCUUAGAGACAGACCCUACCUGUAGAGCGAAUGAGGAGGCGUGGAGAUCUGGUAAAGAUUUCCGAAAGAAAUGCCUAGCAAGUAUAUCUCCUGUUACACCUGCCAAGCUUUACUGCUGCAUCGUUGUGCUUACAGUUUUAAGUGUUGUGUUAUUUUCCAUUUGUGUGGCAGUGAGCAGCAGAAAGCCAGACUCACACGUUCUGUAUGUCCUCUGCCCAAAAGGAUGGAUUGGAUUUGGGUGUAAGUGUUUUAAUUUUUCUGAAGACUCAAAGAAUUGGACAUUCAGUCAGACAUUUUGUACUUCACGUGAAGCUGUUCUUGCUCAGUUUGAAACCGAGGAGGAGCUGAACUUUCUCAAAAGAUACAAAGGCCCUUUUGACCAUUGGAUUGGCCUUAGCAGAGAAUCAUCACAUCAUGCUUGGAAGUGGACAGACAACUCUACAUAUAAUACGUCGUUCGGCAUGACAGGAGAUGGGGAACGUGGCUACCUGAAUGACCUUGGAGUUAGCAGUGCCAGAAGUUAUACAGAAAGAAAAUGGAUUUGCAGCAAACAAAUAACAUCUCCAUGUCCUUAAAUUCUUCAAGUCCUUUUUAGGGAUCACACACCAUCCCUAAGAGAUGCAUUAAAAAUUGUUUUAUAAAUGUUUCAUAAAAUUUUAUUAUAAAUGUUUAUAUAUACAUUACAAACAGUUGCCCUAUUGCUUGCUCUGCCAAAAAUAUCAGGAAUAUUUAUUGAUAGUGUUUGGUAACCCCACAGAAGCAAGCUAUACUUGCAUGAGAUAGAAAUUUGGAAGAGAUUCUAAAUUAAGUAGGUGUUAAAUAAUAUGAGUUGAUAUUUAUGUCUUGAACCCAUAAAUAUGAAAGAAUUCCCUUUUUUCCAUACAAACAGCAUUUUAUUUGCACACAUGGGACCACAAUAAUGACUAUGAUAGCUAAAACCAUGCACAAUUAUUUUAAUAACCAAUGAGAAAUAUUACAAUUGGUUAACACAUUCAAAAUUCCCUGACUGUCUGUUCCACAUGUACAUGGUCACUUUUUUUGGACUUUCCUGGUGGCACAGUGGAUAACAAUCUGCCUGCCAAUACAGCAGACACAGGUUCCAGCUCUGGUCCAGGAAGAUUCUGUACCCCACACAGCAGCGAGGCUCCUGUGCCACUACUACUGAGCCCGCUCUCUAGAGCCCAUGAGCCACAACUAUGAGCCCGAGAGCUACAACUACUGAAGCCCCACGCCUAGAACCUGUGCUCACUGCAGGAGAUGUCACCGCAAUGAGAAAUCCACACACUGCAGUCAUGGUCCAGUGCAGCCAAAACUUAAUAAUUAAUUAAGUAAAUUAAGAAAACAUAUAUAGAGAGAAAAUUUUAAUGCUACUAAGACAAGGCACUUCCAUGGUGGAAGUCCAAUAAUAAUAAUAAUAAAUUAUCCAUUUACCACAAUAAGUAGGAAACGAAAGAAAUCAUAAAAUGGGGCAGGGGUGGGGAGAAGCAAGCAAACAAACUAGAUUUUACAAGCUGAAAUGAAUAUCAAAGAUCCCACAUGCUGCAACUAAGAUCUGGGGCAGCCAAAAAAUUUCAAAAAUUACGAAGACUAAUCUUUAUUUCAGACUCCAUAUUUUAAGGCAUUAGAAAUACUGUAAAGGUGCCUUUUAUGCUUUAAUUCUCAGUGUUUCUGUUUUAUUUAUUUUUUUCCCGUUAAUUUUUGUUAGUUGGAGGCUAAUUACUUUACAAUAUUCUAGUGGUUUUUGUCAUACAUUGACAUGAAUCAGCCAUGGAUUUACAUGUAUUCCCCAUUAUUAUAGUGUGCUAAGUAAAUAUUAUAUCUAUAAACAAAUACCAAUCUGUUUUUUACACUAUUGGAUUUUAAAAAUCCUGCUUUCACCCCAUUUAAAUCAAAAAUAGUGAAUUGCCUCCUCUCAUUACCCAUGUGAUACUCAGUCUCACAAAUGUUUAUGUAUGUAUGGUUGAGGUUUAGAAACAGAAUGUUUUAGAUUUUUACAGUAUGAGCAGCACUGUACUAAUGAGUCCAGAAAUGGACUAAAUAGCAAUUUAUAAUGCGUCUUCUGUCUUUAUGUAUCAGGUUGUCCAGUGAAUAAGAACCUACAGAAUAGAAAAUCCAAAUAACAUUCUUGGCCAACCCAGGGCUUCCAUUUCUCCCAUCUUAGUGGUGUGCUUCCCAGUUUCUUCUUUUUUUGUUUUUAAUUUUGAUCUACAACCAUAUUCCAAUGAACAUUGUGUUAAUUUUAGGUGUGCAGCAGGGUGAAUCCGCUGGACAUGUAAAUGUAUGCACGCUUUUUUAGAUUCUUUCCCCACAGGAAUGAACACGGUAUAGAGUUUCCCUGGGCAAUGCAUUAUUCCUGACCAAUUAUCUAUUUUACAGAGAGUGCUGUGUGUCUGUCAGUCUCAGUCUCCCAAUUUAUCCCUCCACACCCCUUUACACCCCUUUACCACCUGGUAACUCUAAGUUUGAUUUCUACAUCUAUGACUCUAUUUCAGUUUUGUAGAUAAAUUCAUUUGUACCCUUUUUUAGAUUCCAUGUAUAAGCGAUAUUGUAUGUUUGUCAUCAAUUUCUCCUUGUAAUUUAAUUUAAUUUUGAAGAUAUUUAGUUUUGUAUCUAUUUAUAUAUAUUAUACAUUUAUAUUAUAUAAUAUAUAUACUUUUAUAUACUUUAAAUUAUGUAUUUGAUGCUUUUUGUCUUAGAGUCCCUUUUACCUCAGGUUUUGUAAGAUGAAUGAACUAUGUCUAGUUCACUUCCGUGUCCUCAGAGACUAGUACAGCGUCUCAAGUACAGAAUGUUCUAAACAUACUUGUGAAUAUAUAAUGUCUUCCUGACUAUGAGGUGCUGCCCUGUUUGCCUGGUUUCUGCUAAUUUUGUCGUAAAGAAAGAUAAAUUUUCACAGAAAUCUGGAAAGUAAAAUAAAGCAAUCAGUAAAAUUUA